CGGCCGCCCCUCCCUCGGUCCCCGACCCGGCCAUAGCCGCGCUCUAGCGUCUGGCUUCUGGCGGAGGUCUUGGAGGUUGGGCCUUUGAGCAGCUUGUCUGAGUUUUGAGUCGGACCAGUAAUCAUUUUUCCCUGGGGGCGCGUUGCUGGUUGCCGCAGGCUUGCCGGUUCGUGGUGCCGUUUGAACCGCUCCAGAGUGCGGUGAGCUGGAGCGGGCCGGUACUGCCCCGCUUUUGUGUUUUCUGACAUUCCUGCCCCUCACCUCUGUUGCAGCCUCGAACAAAAUCGAGGCUAAGGGACUGGGCCCAAGGACGGCGAGCGGUGGUCGCCUCUCGAAGCCGGGUCCUGCAGUGCUGCUCAUGGAUUAACCAGGCUGCCUGAAUGGUUUAAGGGUUCACAGGGUACGUUUGAUUCAGAUGCUUCUGGAACGUCGAAAUUACCUUCUUUGGAGAGAACCAUCCCCUCUUUGGGCUUCAGGGGCCCAGAUUGAGGCGCAAUGAUGAGAGGAUGUGGUGGUCCACUCUGAUGUCAAUCUUGAGGGCUAGUUCUUUUUGGAGGUGGAUAUCUGCUCAGACAAUAAGAAUUUUAAGAGCCCUGAGAGAUCAUUUUGAAGGAAUAAUGGAUGAACCUUCUUCCUUGGCCAAACCUGUGGAGCUGAACCAGCACUCCCGAUUCAUAAUUGGUUCCGUGUCUGAAGAUAACUCAGAGGAUGAGAUUAGCAACCUGGUGAAGCUGGACCUACUGGAGGAGAAGGAGGGCUCUCUGUCACCAGCCUCUGUCUGCUCAGAUACGCUCUCUGACUUGGGGAUCUCUAGCCUACAGGAUGGCUUGGCCUUACACAUGAGGUCCAGCAUGUCUGGUUUGCACCUAGUAAAGCAAGGUCGAGACCGAAAGAAAAUAGACUCACAGCGAGAUUUCACUGUAGCUUCUCCAGCAGAAUUCGUUACUCGUUUUGGUGGGAAUAAAGUGAUUGAGAAGGUUCUCAUUGCCAACAAUGGCAUUGCAGCAGUGAAAUGUAUGCGGUCUAUCCGCCGGUGGUCUUAUGAGAUGUUUCGAAACGAACGUGCAAUCCGAUUUGUUGUCAUGGUCACACCUGAAGACCUGAAAGCCAAUGCAGAAUACAUUAAGAUGGCAGAUCACUAUGUGCCAGUGCCAGGAGGACCAAACAACAACAACUAUGCAAAUGUGGAAUUAAUUCUUGAUAUUGCUAAAAGGAUUCCAGUACAAGCAGUUUGGGCUGGCUGGGGUCAUGCUUCUGAGAAUCCCAAGCUCCCAGAACUUCUUUUGAAAAAUGGCAUCGCCUUCAUGGGUCCUCCAAGCCAGGCCAUGUGGGCUUUGGGGGAUAAGAUUGCAUCUUCCAUAGUGGCUCAAACUGCAGGUAUCCCAACUCUUCCAUGGAGUGGCAGUGGUCUUUGUGUGGACUGGCACGAAAAUGAUUUUUCAAAACGUAUCUUAAAUGUUCCUCAGGAACUAUAUGAAAAAGGUUGUGUGAAGGAUGUGGAUGACGGGCUGAAGGCAGCGGAGGAAGUUGGAUAUCCAGUAAUGAUCAAGGCCUCAGAAGGAGGAGGAGGGAAGGGAAUCAGAAAAGUCAACAAUGCAGAUGACUUCCCUAACCUCUUCAGACAGGUUCAAGCUGAAGUCCCUGGAUCUCCUAUCUUUGUGAUGAGACUAGCCAAACAAUCUCGUCAUCUGGAGGUGCAGAUCUUAGCAGAUCAGUAUGGCAACGCUAUCUCUUUGUUUGGUCGUGAUUGCUCUGUACAGCGCAGGCAUCAGAAGAUUAUUGAAGAGGCACCUGCCGCUACUGCUACUCCAGCAGUAUUUGAGCAUAUGGAACAGUGUGCGGUGAAACUUGCCAAAAUGGUUGGUUAUGUGAGUGCUGGGACCGUGGAAUACCUCUACAGCCAGGAUGGCAGCUUCUACUUUCUGGAACUGAACCCUCGGCUACAGGUGGAGCAUCCUUGUACAGAGAUGGUGGCCGAUGUCAACCUCCCUGCGGCACAGCUCCAGAUUGCCAUGGGGAUCCCUUUAUACAGAAUCAAGGAUAUCCGUAUGAUGUAUGGGGUAUCUCCCUGGGGUGAUGCUCCCAUUGAUUUUGAAAAUUCUGCUCAUGUUCCUUGCCCAAGGGGCCAUGUUAUUGCUGCUCGGAUCACUAGUGAAAAUCCAGAUGAGGGUUUUAAGCCCAGCUCAGGAACAGUUCAGGAACUGAAUUUCCGCAGCAAUAAGAACGUUUGGGGCUAUUUCAGUGUUGCUGCUGCAGGGGGACUUCAUGAAUUUGCUGAUUCUCAGUUCGGUCACUGCUUUUCCUGGGGAGAAAACCGAGAGGAAGCAAUUUCAAACAUGGUGGUAGCUUUGAAGGAACUAUCUAUCCGGGGCGACUUUCGAACUACAGUUGAAUACCUGAUCAAAUUGUUGGAGACUGAAAGCUUUCAGAUGAAUAGAAUUGACACUGGCUGGCUGGACAGACUGAUAGCAGAAAAAGUACAGGCAGAGCGACCUGACACCAUGUUGGGAGUUGUGUGUGGGGCUCUCCACGUGGCAGAUGUGAGCCUGCGGAAUAGCAUCUCCAACUUCCUUCACUCCUUAGAGAGGGGUCAAGUCCUUUCUGCUCAUACACUUCUGAAUACAGUAGAUGUUGAACUUAUCUAUGAGGGAGUCAAGUAUGUACUGAAGGUGACUCGACAGUCCCCGAACUCCUACGUGGUGAUCAUGAAUGGCUCGUGUGUGGAAGUAGAUGUGCAUCGGCUGAGUGACGGAGGACUGCUCUUGUCCUAUGAUGGCAGCAGUUAUACCACGUACAUGAAGGAGGAGGUGGAUAGGUAUCGCAUCACGAUUGGCAACAAAACCUGUGUGUUUGAGAAGGAAAAUGACCCUUCGGUGUUGCGCUCACCUUCUGCUGGGAAGUUAAUCCAGUACAUUGUGGAGGAUGGAGGCCAUGUGUUCGCUGGCCAGUGCUAUGCUGAGAUCGAGGUCAUGAAGAUGGUGAUGACUUUAACAGCUGCAGAGUCUGGCUGUAUCCAUUAUGUCAAGCGGCCUGGAGCAGCUCUUGACCCGGGCUGUGUAAUAGCCAAAAUGCAGCUGGACAACCCCAGCAAGGUCCAGCAGGCUGAGCUUCACACAGGCAGUCUGCCACGGAUCCAGAGCACAGCACUCAGAGGCGAGAAGCUCCAUCGAGUAUUCCACUAUGUCCUGGAUAAUUUGGUCAACGUGAUGAAUGGAUACUGCCUUCCAGAUCCUUUCUUUAGCAGCAGGGUAAAAGACUGGGUUGAACGGUUGAUGAAGACCCUCAGAGAUCCCUCCUUGCCUCUCCUAGAACUGCAAGAUAUCAUGACCAGUGUCUCUGGUCGUAUCCCCCCCAAUGUGGAGAAGUCUAUCAAGAAGGAAAUGGCUCAGUAUGCCAGCAACAUCACAUCAGUCCUCUGUCAGUUUCCCAGCCAGCAGAUUGCCAACAUCCUAGAUAGCCAUGCAGCUACAUUGAACCGGAAAUCUGAACGGGAAGUCUUCUUCAUGAACACUCAGAGCAUUGUCCAGCUGGUGCAGAGGUACCGCAGUGGUAUCCGAGGCCACAUGAAGGCUGUGGUGAUGGACCUGCUGCGGCAGUACCUGCGAGUAGAGACGCAAUUCCAGAACGGUCACUAUGACAAAUGCGUGUUCGCCCUUCGGGAGGAGAACAAGAGUGACAUGAACACUGUACUGAACUACAUCUUCUCUCACGCUCAAGUCACCAAGAAGAAUCUUCUGGUCACAAUGCUUAUUGAUCAGUUGUGUGGCCGGGACCCCACUCUCACUGACGAGCUGCUGAAUAUCCUCACGGAGCUAACUCAACUCAGUAAGACCACCAAUGCUAAGGUGGCGCUCCGAGCACGCCAGGUUCUUAUUGCCUCCCAUUUGCCAUCAUAUGAGCUUCGCCAUAACCAAGUAGAGUCUAUCUUCCUAUCAGCUAUUGACAUGUACGGACAUCAGUUUUGCAUUGAGAACCUGCAGAAACUCAUCUUGUCCGAAACGUCAAUUUUCGAUGUCCUACCAAACUUCUUCUAUCACAGCAACCAGGUCGUGAGGAUGGCAGCUCUGGAGGUGUAUGUUCGAAGGGCUUAUAUUGCCUAUGAGCUUAACAGUGUACAACACCGCCAGCUUAAGGACAACACCUGCGUGGUGGAAUUCCAGUUCAUGCUGCCCACAUCUCAUCCAAACAGAGGGAACAUCCCCACGCUAAACAGAAUGUCCUUCUCCUCCAACCUCAAUCACUAUGGCAUGACUCAUGUAGCUAGUGUCAGCGACGUGCUGCUGGACAACUCAUUCACUCCACCGUGUCAGCGGAUGGGCGGAAUGGUCUCUUUUCGGACUUUUGAAGAUUUUGUCAGGAUCUUUGAUGAAGUGAUGGGCUGCUUCUGUGAUUCCCCACCCCAAAGCCCCACGUUCCCUGAGGCAGGUCACACAUCUUUAUAUGAUGAAGACAAGAUCCCCAGGGAUGAACCAAUUCACAUUCUGAAUGUGGCUAUCAAAACUGACUGUGAUAUCGAGGAUGACAGGCUAGCAGCUAUGUUCCGAGAGUUUACCCAGCAAAAUAAAGCUACCCUGGUUGAGCAUGGGAUCCGGCGCCUUACUUUCCUGGUUGCGCAAAAGGAUUUCAGAAAACAGGUCAACUAUGAGGUGGAUCAGAGAUUUCAUAGAGAAUUCCCUAAGUUUUUCACAUUCCGAGCAAGGGAUAAGUUUGAGGAAGAUCGUAUCUACCGUCACCUGGAGCCUGCCCUAGCUUUCCAGUUAGAGCUGAACCGGAUGAGAAAUUUUGACCUUACUGCCAUCCCAUGUGCUAAUCACAAGAUGCACCUGUACCUUGGAGCAGCCAAGGUGGAAGUGGGCACAGAAGUGACAGACUACAGGUUCUUUGUCCGUGCAAUCAUCAGACAUUCUGAUCUGGUCACCAAGGAAGCUUCCUUUGAAUAUCUACAAAAUGAAGGGGAGCGGCUGCUCCUAGAAGCCAUGGAUGAGUUGGAGGUCGCUUUUAAUAAUACAAAUGUCCGGACUGACUGCAACCACAUCUUCCUCAACUUUGUGCCUACAGUCAUCAUGGACCCUUCAAAGAUUGAGGAAUCUGUGCGGAGCAUGGUAAUGCGCUAUGGAAGUCGGCUGUGGAAGUUACGCGUCCUCCAGGCAGAGCUGAAAAUCAACAUUCGCCUGACACCAACUGGAAAAGCAAUUCCCAUCCGCCUCUUCCUGACAAACGAGUCUGGCUAUUACUUGGACAUCAGCCUGUACAAGGAAGUGACUGACUCCAGGACAGCACAGAUCAUGUUUCAGGCAUACGGAGACAAACAGGGACCAUUACAUGGAAUGUUAAUCAACACUCCCUAUGUGACCAAAGACCUGCUUCAAUCAAAGAGGUUCCAGGCACAGUCCUUAGGGACAACAUACAUAUAUGAUAUCCCAGAGAUGUUUCGGCAGUCCCUGAUCAAACUCUGGGAGUCUAUGUCCACUCAGGCAUUCCUUCCAUCACCCCCUCUGCCUUCAGACAUGCUGACGUACACUGAGCUUGUGUUGGAUGAUCAAGGUCAACUGGUCCACAUGAACAGGCUUCCAGGAGGAAAUGAGAUCGGCAUGGUAGCUUGGAAAAUGACCCUUAAAAGUCCAGAAUAUCCAGAAGGCCGAGAUAUCAUUGUUAUUGGCAAUGAUAUCACAUACCGAAUUGGGUCCUUUGGACCCCAGGAGGAUUUGCUGUUUCUCAGAGCUUCUGAGCUUGCCAGGGCAGAGGGCAUCCCACGCAUCUAUGUAGCAGCCAACAGUGGAGCAAGAAUUGGACUGGCAGAGGAAAUUCGUCAUAUGUUUCACGUAGCCUGGGUAGAUCCUGAGGAUCCUUACAAGGGAUACAAAUAUUUAUAUCUGACCCCUCAAGAUUAUAAGAGAGUCAGUGCUCUCAACUCUGUCCAUUGUGAACACGUGGAGGAUGAAGGAGAAUCCAGGUACAAGAUAACCGAUAUUAUUGGGAAGGAAGAGGGACUUGGAGCAGAGAACCUUCGAGGUUCUGGAAUGAUUGCUGGAGAAUCCUCGUUGGCCUAUGAUGAGAUCAUCACCAUUAGCCUGGUUACAUGCCGGGCCAUUGGGAUUGGGGCUUACCUUGUCCGACUGGGACAGAGAACCAUCCAGGUUGAAAAUUCUCACUUAAUUCUGACAGGAGCUGGGGCCCUCAACAAAGUCCUCGGCAGGGAAGUAUACACCUCCAAUAACCAGCUCGGGGGCAUCCAGAUCAUGCACAACAAUGGGGUGACCCACAGCACUGUCUGUGAUGACUUUGAAGGGGUGUUCACUGUCCUGCACUGGCUGUCCUACAUGCCGAAGAGUGUACACAGUUCAGUUCCUCUCCUGAAUUCCAAGGAUCCUAUAGAUAGAGUCAUCGAGUUUAUUCCCACAAAGGCUCCAUAUGAUCCUCGAUGGAUGCUGGCAGGCCGUCCCCACCCAACCCAGAAAGGUCAGUGGUUGAGUGGAUUUUUUGACUAUGGCUCUUUCUCAGAGAUCAUGCAGCCCUGGGCACAGACUGUGGCAGUUGGCAGAGCCAGGCUAGGAGGAAUACCCGUGGGAGUAGUUGCCGUGGAAACCCGAACCGUGGAACUAAGUAUCCCAGCUGAUCCUGCAAACCUGGAUUCUGAAGCCAAGAUAAUCCAGCAGGCUGGCCAGGUUUGGUUCCCAGAUUCUGCGUUUAAGACCUAUCAGGCUAUCAAGGACUUCAACCGUGAAGGGCUGCCUCUGAUGGUCUUUGCCAACUGGAGGGGCUUCUCUGGUGGGAUGAAAGAUAUGUACGACCAAGUGCUGAAGUUUGGCGCUUACAUCGUGGAUGGCUUACGGGAGUGCUCGCAGCCUGUGAUGGUUUACAUUCCUCCACAGGCCGAGCUCCGGGGUGGCUCCUGGGUCGUGAUUGACCCCACCAUCAACCCGCGGCACAUGGAGAUGUAUGCUGACCGAGAAAGCAGGGGAUCAGUUCUGGAGCCAGAAGGGACAGUAGAAAUCAAAUUCCGCAGAAAGGAUCUGGUGAAAACCAUGCGUCGGGUGGACCCCGUCUACAUCCACUUGGCUGAGCGAUUGGGCACCCCCGAGCUAAGCGCGGCCGAGCGGAAGGAGCUGGACAGCAAGCUGAAGGAGCGGGAGGAAUUCCUCCUUCCCAUUUACCACCAGGUAGCCGUGCAGUUCGCUGACCUGCACGACACGCCGGGCCGGAUGCAGGAGAAGGGUGUUAUCAACGACAUCCUGGAUUGGAAGACAUCCCGCACCUUCUUCUACUGGAGGCUGAGGCGUCUCUUGCUGGAGGACCUGGUCAAGAAGAAAAUCCACAAUGCCAACCCCGAGCUGACCGACGGCCAGAUCCAGGCCAUGUUAAGGCGCUGGUUUGUGGAAGUGGAAGGGACAGUGAAGGCCUAUGUCUGGGACAACAACAAGGACCUGGUGGAGUGGCUGGAGAAACAGCUGGCAGAGGAGGAUGGCGCUCGCUCGGUAAUAGAGGAGAACAUCAAGUACAUCAGCAGAGACUACGUCCUCAAGCAGAUCCGCAGCUUGGUACAGGCCAAUCCAGAGGUUGCCAUGGAUUCCAUCGUCCACAUGACCCAGCACAUCUCGCCCACGCAGCGAGCAGAAGUCGUUCGGAUCCUCUCCACGAUGGACUCCCCGUCAACGUAGGAAGAGCUUUCUGCCCACCCCUGCCCUGCCUCCGGAGAAAAGGGCUAGAGCUGCCUUUCACACCUGAAGCCACUGUAAUUAGAAGGCACAGGAGACCAGCACUGGAAUCAAAGUGGCAUUUUGCUUCCCCUCGAUGUUUUCAGGUUACGCAUGACAUACUGGGACGUAGGGUCACAAGCCCCCACUCCAGCCCACCGGUCACACCUACCCCGUUCAGUAUUUAUUAUUACCCUGGCUGUGACGGCAGUCCUCUCUCCCUGCCCAGGACCCAAGAAGGCAAUGACGGGUACAAGCACGUACCCAGAGGUCUUACUACACGCCAGCAGGGCCACCCUCCCGUCCUGCCCGCCCCUUGGUCCGGCCCCGGCAAGUGGGAGCCGUUGGCCGGCAGUCAACAGCCCGCGCUCGCCCCUGGCCCCGUGAGCCUGCAGCCUCCGGCAGCAGAGGAGGGCCGGGGCUGAGGCCACAGGCCCAGCAGCAGGCGUGGGGAGCGGGGGAAGCCUCGGGUCCGUUGUUUCUCACCCCACACUCAGCCCGGUCCGCACCAGGCACCCAGUUUCGUCACACCAAGGUACUGCUUAUGAAUAAAAAUUAGAGCAUGAACUCUGCAAGCUCCAUGGAACUCAAAGAUGAGGGCAAAACCACGAUCCAAGAAGCAGAGAAAGCAAAGAGUCCAAGUCACUGUUGUCGAUUUAGGGGCCUCACCCGGGGGCUCCCUUCUCAGAACAAGCGCAGAGAUGGUUGACCUGCCACUGCCCCGAGUGCCGCUGCUCGGCUAGCUGAGAUGCCCGGGGGUCCCACUGGCAGUGCCGUAGCCCGAGUGGGCAGAGGAGGAGCCAGGCGAGCUGCCCUUCCCGUCACUGAUGGAAAGUAGUCGCCAUGCGACAGCGAGAGCGGGGCAGCCAGUCUUUCUUUAGGACGCGGAAGGUUGUUACUAUUAAGCCUGGAGCUUUGAUCGUUACAGGAGGUUAAUGGUGCCUACAGGGCCAUCGUCUCUGUUUCUGGGGCCACUCUUCCCGCAGGUGACACUCUUACUCACUUUGGGUCUCGUCUCUUCCUUGAAUGUACACAGGCACAGCCGGUCUCCCCACAGCCACGGAAAGGAGCCCUGGUGACAUCAGUGCUCUCGGCGCUGGGAACUGGCUUUCCCCGCUUUGGGGAGGCUUCCAGGGAACACAGAAUCCAUGUGACCUUAAGAUUAUCCACAACCCCAUCAUGGUGCUGCUGUCUUCCAGGCCCACGGGUCCCUCCCUGGCCUCCUCAUGGGUGAUGGAGAGUUUAUUUUCAACAACCAGUUUAUUCAAGGAGAGAGCUGACUGAUCCCCCCGUCGGUGUUCCUAAAGCAAGAGUGGCAGGUGAUCAGGGCCGGGGCGGCAUCCGGUUCCUACAGUGCAGCUAACUGCACUCGUCACUGAUGACCAAGGGGGACGUCACUACGACGUCUGAGAAGCAGCAGCACGAAUACUUCCGGACGAGCUACGGUUUUGAGCCUGAACCCUACAGUUCACGCACAAGGAAGAGCUCCACUCCUCUCCUCGGGAACUGUUUGUGCAGAUGGGCACCGUGCGGCUGGAUGGGUUGCCACCUGCCCCCGGGAGCCUGGAGCCUCGGCCCGGCGCCAUCCAAGCCAAGAAGGGCGGGAGAAGGUGGGGAACAAUUUUCAGUCCAGGAAGCACGUCCACUGUUGCUGGUGUUCGCUUACCCAGUAAGUAAGUGUGGAUUCACCUUUGACCAGAUAAUUCCUCUACACUUUUCUACAAUAAAUAAAAUUCCACACACCUACAGGUGGUGUGGAGUCCUGUGCUUGCCCUGGCAUUUCUUCGGGGCAGAGGGCAGGUGACACUUGUUUACCUCCCCCCAGCCCCCAACAAAAUUAUGACACAUUAAAUGAAUACAUUUAGUCUCUAGAACUCGGCGAUGCUCACCACCCCCCCAUCCCCAGGGCGCCUCACUUUAGGUCUUACCUGGCCAGGGCUCUUUCCCAUGGCGAAGUCAGGAAGAGACACAGCCCAUUACACACACGAGGUUACCGAGGCAGGAGGAGGGUGAGCGAUGUAUCAGCUGAGACCCGCCUGAGCUAGGAUCACCACGUUGUCCGCUCAACUUCAGUCACAAAGCAGCCUUCACGUGUCUCACUGAGCAUUCGAGGGAUGCACAGCCUGAUGAGCAAGGAGCUUCAGUCAAAUGUAUUCUUUUCAUGUUUUGUUGAAAUAAACCUCCACGUUUGUAGAUGA